CUUGGCGUGUGCGUGUGUGCACUGUGCAUAUCGUUGGGUGACGAGAAUGAAACCAUAUUAGGUCAGACAACACACGUGACAGCGAAGGUCAACAAAGAAGGAAGGACAGUAACACACACCAGCAACAACAACACCAUUCAACAAACCACAACACAACACAAAGCAGCAGCAGCAGUGGACAGCAGAGCAUCAUGGUGAGGAGGCGAGUUGGUAAGGGGCAGCAGCAGCCAUCGGCGGCAGCGAGGAGGCCAGUGGCGGCUGGCGGACAUGGCGGACAUGGCGGCGGUCGCAGCCCGGCGCAGGUGGGCAUGCUGCUGCUCGCUGCCGUGCUGGGGCUCGCUGGCGUGGCUGGCCUGGUACUGUAUUGGAUGGGACCGCACGUGCAGCUGCUCGAUGCCAGCGACCAGUCGCAGAUGCAGCGCGUCUUCCUGUCUGGCGAGCCGUGGAUGGUCUACUGCAGCUCCAAGCGAGCACCCGAGCCACCAAAAGAGUUCACGGACGCCAUGAAGUCACUCUCGAAGCGCGGUGUCAGCUUUGGACAACUCAACUGCGGGAGCAAGCUGCCGUCUGGGAAGACAGUGGCAUCAAGGUUUGGGAUUGAUCUGAAGAGCAAGCCCGUCAUUGUGGCAACUGGCAACGGGAAGAAGGCAAAGCAGGUGCCACGCACGUACACCAAGACGGGCACUGGACUCAUCUCCUUUGUGGACUCGUUUACUCGGCUGAGGUUGUACGAGCCGCGCACGAGUCAAAAGUUCCAGGAGCAGUGCACACGGAAGAAGGCAUGUGUCAUUGUCGCCCACAAAGGACCACUGGACACAUCAACGACUACAGAAUUGUACAAAGCCAUGGAGCAGCACCGCACGGUCUCGUUUGUAUCCAUCGACACGUCCAAAUCCCGCCUCCAUCUUGGCGUUGCGGAGAGCCGGGCUGCGAACAUUGAGAAAAGCGAAACGCCCACCAUCUUCGUUGUGCGCAAACGAAACGCAACAAGCAACAAGUUUGGCGUGUCUGUUUAUGGCGGGUCGAUCAACGCAAUGCAGCUGGCAGACCACAUCCACGAGGUGCUCGAGAACGAUGCGCUGCUCAAGUGGUCGUCUGUUCGUCCGGACAUUCGCUCAUCAUCAUCAUCAUCAUCAUCGUCAUCAUCACGGAGACAGCGCCGGAAGCAGCCCAGCAACGAUGAAGACAGCAGCGGCAGCACGGGCGGAACACGCGCGGACAGCCAGCAGCAUCCGGGCACUGGCAGUGGCGAUCAAGACGAUAGCAGUGGUGGUGAUGGUGGUGGUGGUGGUGGUGUGCCGAUGACAGCGGAGGAGCGAAGACGCGAGCGGGAGCGAAGACGACGCGAACAAAUGGACCGCGAAGCCAUGGAGCUUAUCCAGGAGAUCGAUGGUGAUGACGAGGAUGAGAAAGACGACGACGACGACGAUGUUACCGCGUAUGUUGACGACGCUGAGGGUGUCGAACUUGGAGAGGAGUCCAUUGUUGGUGACGACGAUGAAGACGAAGGUGACUACGACGAGGACCAUGACGUUGAUGGUGGGGUGGAGGAGAUCGACGAGGAAGACGACGACGAUGUUGUUGAGUUGGAGGAAGACGAUGAGGAGGAGUGAAAAGGGUUACCGAACUCGACUAGUGCUUGCUGCUUCGUUUCAGUGUGCUUGUGCGCCUCGUUUGACACAUUAAACACCCCAAGAAAAAGGCGG